GCGCCGACUUCGCUCCAAACUAUUCCACUUUCUUCUCUAAAAUAGCAACAAUUGUUAUUGUGACGCUGCUUCUAAACUGCCCAUUUUGUUAAAGUUCACCUGUAAAAAAGACAACAUUGCUUCCAAAUCAGCCCCCUCAUCUACGCCCUUUGCUACUGUAUGCAGGUUACUGUUUAAUGUAUAACGUCACCUUCUACACAACUGAAAGUAUUUAGGACAUUUCAUGCAAGUCAGUUAAUUAAGGAAACCCCAAAAUUCCAGGCUGACAAGUAAAGUCAUUUAAUUGGCUUUCUGAGUCCUCCUGUUAUUUUUGGGACAUUUCAGAUAUUUGUAACUGUGAGUCAGUUACUGCAUGAACUUGAUUUGCCGCCUCUAUCUCAUUUACCAAAACUUGUUGAAUGACUUGAAUGUGCCUUUGUGGCUAGUUGCGCAGGUCUAUUUGGUGAUUGCUACACUGCAUUAUACAGUCUCUGAGUUUGUCAGUGACAUUUGUGUGAAGUACUUACUGAGCUUAAAGAAUAGUCUGAAAGGAAAAUAUGGUUUGAAUCAAAUUACAGUUAAUGGUGAUAUUUUACAUGGAAUAUUCACAGUUUUAAAGUCUUUGUUUCCAUUAGCGGUCACCCACAUGCUGAGAACCACAAUUGUGUUAAUAAGUACAUAUUGUAUUUUUGCAGAGAGGAAACAUGUGUGAAAUGGUGCUUGUGGACAUUGGCCACAGUAACUGUCCACAAGAUGGCUGCUUGCAAAAACACUUGAAGGAUAUGUCUGCCAUGAUAGAUGAUGGGGCAUAUAGUCAUAUAUACAUUAUGAUUGACAGAGAUUCAGGAACAGAAAAAAACCAUGUGCAAACUACUUCAACACUCUUGGAGAGCUUUGCAGGUCAGAAGGAAAAAAUUCACAUACUGGAUGAAGGCUGUGUGGCAUCCUCCUGGUACUGCUUUAAACAAGCCGUGGAUGAAUUGGAUCUGAGUGCUGUGCUGGUUGUUACGUCCAGUCAGAGGAGGAACAUGCUGCAGACAUACCAAAGCUUACUCUUCACCGCAGUCUACAGCUUUGAGUAUGCAGCUUUAUUCGAUGACUCACAAUGUCUCAACUCCAGCAGCCAUCUCCGCAAAAAUAUCAGAGAGGAAGUGAAGACCUUCCUCCAGAGUUUACCUGCGGUCACUGGAGAGAUUUCUAUUCUUAGGUCGUCUUUCAUUUCAGACAGCUUUUCUCAUGGUUUCACUACCAGAACUGGGGGCAUCUCCUACGUCAGUACACUACGAUCCCUUAACCUCUUCAGCAGCUCCAGGCGCAGGGACCCAAAUGUAGUUGUUGAGGAGAACCUGCGUCGCCUCGGUCUUCAGGCUGGCUUUGAUCCCAAAAAUUUUCACCUUAUAAAAACGGAUCAUGCCAGUGACGUAUGGGUGAUUGGAAAACCAGAGCCUCCGAGCUACGACGGCAUGGUAACCAACCGGGAGGGAUUGGUCAUUGCUGCACCCGGAGCUGACUGCAUGCCCUUGCUUUUCACGGACCCUGUGGCAAAGGUGAUUGGUGUGGCUCAUGCAGGUUGGAAAGGUACUUUGAAGGGGGUUGCUGUGGAGAUGGUGAAUGCCAUGGUAUCGGAGUUCGGCAGUAACCCAUCCGACGUCGUCGUGGUCAUCGGGCCGUCUGUGGGCCCGUGUUGUUUUACUCUGGACCGAGAUUCUGCCGAAAAGUAUUAUGCUAUUCAUCCAGACUGCGUCAAGGCUAGAGGCUCCCCACGGCCUUACGUCGACAUCAGACUAGCCACAAGAAUUCUCCUCCAGCAAGCUGGGAUCCUUCCUCACUGUAUCCAGGACAACACUGUGAUGGAGAGGCCCCUCUUUACACUGUGCACGGCCUGCAGCCCUGAUGCCUUCUUCUCCCAUGUUCGUGAUGGCAUCAAUUUUGGCACACAGAUCGGUUUUUUGUGGAUUAAGAAUCAGUGCGUCAGUGGGUGAACAAUUUAGUUAUCAAAUAGGAUAUCAACUGAGCAGGAAAACGGGUCUACAUAAAACUUUUAUACAACAGAAUUGUAUUUACGAUGUGCAAUAUAAUGCACAAUGUUGUGAAUAUUUUAUUUUAUUAGGUGCUUUGUGCAUCAGAAUCAUUUUAUUUCUGGUUUUAGUUUGGGCUGCUGGCUGAGUGUUUCUCACAUAGCCAUGCAAUUCCUAAGUUGCGGAUUGAUCAGCUACACUUUUGUUUUCUGUCUGGAGUUUUCAUGAUGUCCUCAUUUUUGCACGGGUUUCCCCCCCAUACUCCUAAAAUACAUGGUUAAGAAUGCAUUUUAAAACAUAAUACCGUUUCUGUAACUUACCUGGAAUUAACCUGUUCUUUUCUGAUCUUUAAAACAAUGGAACAUCAGAUUUUGUGGUCAGCUGUGGUUAGAUCCAUUCAUCUACCGCAUCCUUCAAUUAUACUUCUGAAACUAGUGUGGCAAAAAUUUGUAGAUGGGAAAACAAAGUUGGUAGAUACAGUAGUCAUCAUAGAAAGAGGAAUUUUAUUAACGAUGGAGGAAAUUCCGAGUCAAUGUCACAAUGAACAUAAGUGCGACAUGCAACACUUAAAACUGGAAUGCCCUGUGGGGCCUUA